AUGAAUUAUGAAGAAGCAGAAGAAUUGGAUGAGGAAAUUUACUAUACGAGUAGUAAUGUUAAUUUAUUAGAGGAAGAGGAGGUGGAUAAUGGAGAGUUGGAGAAUGAUCAUUUACCUCACUCUUUUUCAUCGAGUUUCCCAUUUCAUUCGAGUAACGACGGUUAUAAUAUUAAUAGUAAUAAUAAUGGUAGUACUAUUGGUAUUAGUAUUGGUAUUAAUAAUGAUGAAGGAAAUAGUCAAAUAAUUUCACCUUCUUCACCGUCGGGUUUUGCUCAUCAUGAUUUGUUAGCCUCUAUACAUUCUGGCCCGACAAUCGAUUCAAUGAGUAUUGAUGAAGAACAAGAUAAUAUAAUGGAUAAUAAUAAUAUUGAAAAUGGUGUUGUUGGAGGGAACAAUAAGAAACCAACUUCAAUUCCAUUAAGAAUUUGGAAUUUCCUAACUGGUAAUGUUAUUGCACACUUGAUGAUUUGGACCAAUUUGACAUUAUUUUCUGGAUUUCUCAUUCUCUCGCCCUAUGGCUUGAAGAUUUAUAAUCCAAUUAUAUUUUCCUUCUUUAGAGGAGUUGUUUUGGUUAUUUCACUCUUUCCAAUCAUGUUAUUUGUGGAUAGAAAAUUCAAAUUUAAAUCAGAAACUAAACUUAUUAAUCGAGCAUUUGCAUUUAGGAAAAAGUAUCCAUCUAUUUAUGGAAGCAAAUAUUGGAGAUGGAUUUAUUCUAUAUUCUAUAAUGAUAAGGCAGUGAUACCUUCGUUUGUUUUGGCCAGAUUGCCAAGUUUCAAACAAUCAAAACAAUUGGCUUGGUGUGGAGCUUUGGCAGUUGUGAAUCAAUUAUUGUUUGUUGCUGGAUUGAAUUUAACUUCCAGUACAGUUACUGGUGUGGUGCAACCUCUUGUGGCAAUUAUGGUCUGUGUCAUUUCCAUGAUGCUUGGAAGAGAAUCAAAAUCGUACGUAAAAUUCUUUGGCUCUUUAAUUGCUGUGGUUGGUGCCAUUUCAAUGCUUGUGGCUUCAGCACUUACAAAAGAUGCAGUCAAUCAAAGGGCAAUGGAACCAGAUACCUUUGAAAAUUUAUCACCUUUUGAAAGAUUGCCAGAAUAUUUUGCCUUAUUGGCACCAGUUACACCCUCAAAUGUUGCCUUCAUGUUUGGUUUAAUUUGCCUCUUGGGAAAUACUAUGAGCUAUUCACUCUACUUGGUAACUCAAAAAACCUUACUAGAUAAGGGAGUUCCUCCUUUGACUGUCACAUUUUGGUCAUUCUUCUUUGGCUUGGCAGUUUCCUUUAUUUCCUCACUCUACUUUUUCCCUAACUUUAAUUAUAGACGAGUUGAUUUACGGUCAAUUCUUAGUAUCCUUUAUGCUGCGAUUCCUUAUGGAGCUGUUCAAUUUUCUUUGAGUGCAAUUGCUUCCAAAAUGCUUACACCAACCAUUGUUGGUGUUUAUUCAACUAUUUCUCCUCUUGUCGCAAUAAUAACUGGUGUUUUUGCGUUUGGAGAAUCACCUUCACCUUGGAUUUUAAUUGGAGCUGGUUUAAUUUUGGUUGGAGUAUUUGUUGUAAUUGGGCACAGAUAUGCAGAAACAAGAUCCAAAAACAAAUCAACAACAUCUAAUAAUCAAAAUGAACAAUUGGAUAAUGGUAAUGAAAUAGAAGAUAAAUCCAUUUCAUCAACAGCAUUCUCUAGUGCAGUCAAUUUAGAUAUCACCCCAUCAGAUAGUUUCCAAGAGGUGGAAGAUUCCUAUGAGGAAGAAACUCCAAAUUUCAAAUCACUUUAA